AAACACAUAAAUAAUGUAAAAAUAUAAUUUGCUUUACUAUCAAGUAUAUUAAAUAAACGUAAGACUUUUGUUAAUUCAGAUCAUAAAGAGAUCGAAAAAUAAAACUUUACUGAUGCAUAAGUAAAUUGUAUAAAAUUUGUGAGUUCUCUCUGAUUUUUUGUAUAUGUUAACUAAAGUACAACGCGUACAACGCAAUUAAUUAUCAAUAUUUAAGUUGUGAUUUUGUUGUUUUUUUUUUUUUUUUUCUUUUUUAAAUGUGAAAAAAAGGAAUCUCUUACGUUUAUUUGGCUUCAAGAUAAGCCAAGCAAUACAAGUUCAGCACUUCAGAAAACUGUUCUUAAUAGCAGUCACCCACCAAUACAACCAUACAAUUGGCUGGCUUCAAAGUCAAGUGUAAAGUGAACAUAGCGUCCGAGACUUAGCAAGGCAUUAAAUGCGAGUGCUUUAUAUAGAUAGAUAAUAAUGAGCUUAACUCGUUGAACAGUAAGCGCUUAUCAAUGCCACAGUUUAUUAUAAUUUAUAUAUUAUAAUUAGAAACAUUACCACCGUUAUGGUCAGUGGCGACCAAGUCUAUCAUUGAAUUUAUAAAUGAUAUAAAAUACUUGACGCGAAUCUUUAUCUCUGUUCGAUUCUCUGUGACGAGGAUUUAUUUUGCAAUUUUUAUAUUCGAAUUGCAAAUGUUGCGGAGGGUCAGGUAUUAAAAAAUCAAUUUCACAAUUUAAAUACAAUUUUUUGUAUAAAUAAACAAAGGCGAACAAUUAUUUAACUUGUUGGGAACUUGCACGAAUGCCUUCUGUGAAACCCCUUCAUCCAACUCUUUUUCUUCGCUUCGGCUUUCAGUAAUAAAGUAACUCUUCUACUCUGCAGAUCUACAUGAAAUAGAAAUCAAAAGUGAAGCUAAAGUUUCACGCAUAUUAGUAAGAAGCACAACACCAUAAUAAUAAAGAUUACAUAUAAUAAGAAGAAAAAAAAAAAAAAAACGUGUACAUAUAUAUAUAUUAUAAGUACAUACAUAUGAAAUAACUGUUGAUCUGUUUCAAAAAACGAUAUGUUUAGUGAGCGCUUGUUAUUAAAUAUUGAAUUAUCAAUUAUUGCUGCUAGUUGCCAUGGAAGAUCCCAAUAAGACAUACAACAAUGACGAAUAUCAAUCACUAUUGCAUACCUUGAAAAUAAUUUGGCAAAAUUAUACUCAUGUUCUUAACGAUGCCGAAACAAAGCAACACUGGCUGCAAUUGUUUUUAUAUAAUUUUCAAUUCGUUUGUUCCGAGUUAGAGGAAAAUGAUGACUUUAAAAGCUUUUUUAAGCCUAUACCGGAAGAAAUCUGUUCUUAUCUGUUGGAACAAAUUUAUGAAAUUAUCAGCACAUCAGAAUUAUACACACCUGCCUUAUUGGAUGCUGGAGAGUUGGAAAAAGCUGCCCAGCCUCACAAGACAACUUCAGAGAAAAAUACGACUUUCUUGCAGUUAAUUAAGAAAAAUCAUAACUUUGCUCAGUUAAUCUUAAGACAGCCCAGUGACUGCAGUAAAAUUUUAGCUUUACGUAAUUUUCUAACGCAUCAACUGGGUCAUCAUAUAUUGAAAUUUCUCUUAAGAAUUGAUGUAAAGUUGGUUGUUUCUCAGAAAAGUCUUUGCAAUCUAUGCAUUAACUUAUUUCCGAAUUGCUCCUGGAGUCAGGAAUGCAAAAAUUUGAGUUUCUCGGAAAAUAUCUACGCUUAUGUUGGAAAUCUGAAUUUCUAUCAAAAAACUAAAACUAAACCAUCUACACCUAGGACCAGUAGAUCAUUUGAAUCUGAAAAUAUAAGUUACGACACUGUUAAGACCAACCAUCAUAACUAUGCCUGGGAUUUGAAAGGCAAUGAGCCAACCCAUGAUUUCGAUGAAUUUUUGCGUAUGCAAAAGACAAGUGACGAGAUCGCCAUACUAUUAAUACAAGUAGUAAAAAAGUGUACAUCCCUAGAAUAUGGAGUCAAUGCGAUUUUAAAUAGUGAGCAUUCCGUUAGCAUGAUGGCUUUAAAUUUCAGUUUGGAUUGUCUGAGGAUGGAAAGUGAUGCAUUUUCAUCUUAUUCGAAUGCAGAACAUAUCAAAUGUCAAUUAUUACAAUUAAAUGAACAGUGCUUUAAUAAUAUAUUUUUCAUCAGUCAACAGCGAGUCCCCGAUCUGCAAUUCCAAUGUGUUUUUGCUAAAUUGGUGGCUGCUUUGGAGAUUAACAUGGAACAUUCUAAAUUACUCUACGCAUUGCUGUUCAUCAUAUUCGGUUGCCUGCAUAAUGUUGUUACGAUCUUCGGUUACGUUUACAGCAAACAAAAUUUAUAUCAUUUAAAAUUCGUUGAUGAGAAUAUGGUGGACAGAUGUAUGAACGCCAUAGAUCAUUUGCUUAAGAACUAUCCCCCUUUACAGGAAGAUGUCAAAUCUUUAUUUACCACUAUAUUUCGGACGCUUUUGCGCAUUAUUGAUUAUUUAAGCAAAUACGAUCAAUUAUUAAUCAGUAAUGCAGGGGCGGUAUUAUCUAGUGCAGCACAUAUUAAACCACCACGCCAUCGUAAGUUGAAGGGACGUCAAGUACAUUGUCAUCAACACAUGUCGCCCAGGCUAAGUUGCUACUUUCAAGGUAUGCUAAUGGGCUUAUUAACCUCGUUGCCUCUGGACUUGCAAGAGCAUUCAAUGCUUUAUUUGGCCAAAUGUGGUACGUGCUGCUGUCAUUAUACCUUGGCCCACUAUUAUGACGUAUUUAAAGUAAUAUUGGUUUUGAGUCCAUAUCAUCAAAAGUGUGCCUAUAAGUUUCUUGCGUAUAAAAUUCUCAAUACCGUGCUUGGGCGUUCGUCCGUUAAUGACUAUAUGACAAACUCCUCAUCGUCCCGCAAAUCAAAUUUAAGCAAUUGUGCUAAGUGUGGAGUAAAAUUAAAAUCGUUGGAAUUCCAUGACGGCCUUUUGGAAUUGUAUUUGAAAUUUUAUAAACAAAUAAGAGAACCGGAAAAUAAUUGGCAUUUACUUCUGUUUCUCAAACAUUUGAAGCACAUAUCCUAUCUAUUAACUAAUGAUAUAGCAUCUGGAAUAUUAGCCUCGAUUGUUUUGCCUGUUUUUCGAGAAAAUAAGCAACGCUUAAACGAUAAUAAAACUCCACAAUCGGGAAAAAUGUUUUGGCCAAGAUCUCAACCUACAACGCCGGUCGCAGACACUGCUAAAUCUUUACUUAAACUUAAUACGAAAUUGACAGAAGAUCCAAUUAAAUUGCUGACAGAGUGUCUCAACAUAUUCGCCAUGUAUUUGCGCGAUAUACGUUUGAUAAAGGCCUUUUAUAAUGAGGAGAAUAUACAACAUUUGGAGGAUUUGCUGGAAGAGCCCCCGCUAAUACGGGGUGUAUGCGAUCUCAUUAAAAUCGGUAUUGAUAAUAUAACAUUUUUGGGUGAUAACAGUCAAGAGCAGCCAGUAUUAAGUCGUCGUCUUAUUACUUUGCAGCUAAACAGUUCAAAUCGUGCAAAUCAUUUAUUUACCGCAUUAAUCGCCCAAAUAGUUAAGACGAACAAAAGGCAAAGUUCAUAUUUUUGGCUAGAAGCAACUUUAAACCAUAAUUCAAAAUAUUCCAAAUAUAACGCCGUUAACCCCUUAAGCGCUUUGGAUAUUUUGCAUAUUGUCGCUUUGCAAUGGUGCCUAAACUUUGAACUUUUGAAGACUAGUCAAUACUUUUACAACGAAUUUGCGAAAAUCUAUUCCAUUGUCAUGGACGAUGACGACGACAAUAAUGAUGGUGAUGGUGAUGGUCGUCAUGAUGAUGAUGAUGAUGAUGAUGACGAUGAUGAGUAUGGCAAUGUUCAUAAAGCUUGUGCGGGAAUAAGAAGCAAACAUGAAUAUACGAAUGCCGGUACAUCGCUCAAACGAGGCGAUAAGACAAUUAUCGAUAUUUUACGUCUAAAUUACAAUGCAUUGUCGGCAUUUCUAAUGGUGCCAACGACGAAAUUAAAAAAAUCGCAACCAGUCAAUAGCAAAACCACAAACAAUGCUGACAGUUGUCUAACGAACUCGGUGGAAAAUCUACUUUUUACGCUAACGACGGCGCCACCAGCAGCAGCAACACUAACGGAACCAUUGUUUAGUACGAGUUCUACUACCGAUACACGAACACACGCUUCAAACUAUUAUCAUAGUUUGUUUGACAAUUCUAUAAGUAAUUCAAUAUCACAAAGUCAACCGUCGUUUCUGCACAAAUUGCUUAAAGCAAAGCAAAAGGAUUGUAUUCUUUUAGGAAACGAAUCAAAAGAAAAUAUUAUUCUAGUAUUCGACAUAAAGAACCAAUCGGAAUUUUUUCUGAACGCCUUUCCCGACGAGAGAGCGCUAAGAGCGGUUGAGAAAUCUGUGAAUCAUCUGCAUACAACGUAUGAUUGCUCCAAUAGGAGUACAUAUGAGAAUGCUAAUCCCGACAAAGUGUACAGGAACACCAAUAGUGGCCAAGAAAGUGUUUUCAUUAAAAUUUUUCAAAUAUUUGGCUCUUUGUUCGGUACAAGUCGUACAAACUCUUUAAAUGAUCUAUCGAAACCAUAUCAAAGUGCUACAAUAGAAGGGAAACAGCCAAGUGAAAUUGAUAACGAGCUUUUAUGUCUAUACGAGAGUCAUACUGAUUGUAAGAGACUCCUAUUGAAGCUAUUCGAAACGACUAUGGCUAUAUGCAUUAAAGGAUAUCAAAAUGAAGAAGUGGAUAAAAUGCAUAAACACUUGCGCAAAUUGAAGACAUUAAUAUUGAAUCGCGCCAAUAACAAUUGGGAACAAUAUGGCGAAGAGCAUUCACGUGAAAAUCUCGUUCUGCAAGCGUUACAAACUCUCUUAAGAAUUGCCGAGCUCUCGAAUACAGAAAACGAACCGGCUGCGGUAAUUAACCCCAGCAUUGUAACCACGGUUACAGAUGAAGUCAACAAUUUGAGGGAUGUGCCAACGCCGUCGUGCAGUAGAUCGAUAAAAUGCCCCCGUUUAAAAGAACCAAAUGCUGUAUCAUAUAAUUAUCAUCAAUUGCCUAUAGGAUUGCCGAGUAAAAAUUCCUGCCUUACCCCCUCAACUCCCCCACAGAGACCCUUGUCAGGGAAAAGUGAUGAUAACGAUUACUUUUCGACCCGCGCAUCCCUAAUCUGCGCUGACAGCGAACUUGAAUUGAGCGAGAAUGAACCGGACGAUUUCUAUUUAACAGCCGACGAGGGUUACGAUGCUGAUGCCGAAAUACCCGAAGUCUCAGAAACAGAAGGUGGCGUUUCAGAUGGCGGCGCCGGGGGUGGAGGUGGUGCUGGUGGAGGUGGAGGUGGAGGAGGGACAGGAGGAGGCACAACCGACCUCUGGCAUCCCUUUCAACCAUCCUCUCGUUAUCGUACUCACAUGUUACACGAAGGCAUUUGCUGUCUGGUCAUAGAUAUCCUAAUAGAGCUGAGUGAAAAAUGUUGCCUUAACCCUACCGGCUGGUGUGAAAAUCUGGCUCAAUUGAUGAACCGUUUAUUUGUCAUACGCGAUUAUUUGGGCGGUCCGCUAGUAAUGCUAAAAGGUUUCGGCCCUAUACUUCAAUGUAAUGAUGCGCGCUUACGUGAAUUGCAACAAAGCAUACUGGAAUUAGUAGUGGAUCUGAAUACUCCGGAUGUUUUGCAAAUAUUUUUCAGCAUCUUAGCUUCCAAAAAUCCGCCUAUUGACAUAUUGAUUAACUAUAUGAACUAUAUAUGUGCGAAUACGUUAAAGAGAGCGCAUCCCAGCGUCGAAUUAGAAUUUCCCGUUAAUAUCGAAAUAGCUAAAUACACGUCGACCGGUGAUUUGGGUCGAGUCGAGCAAAUCGAACGUCUACGUCGAUAUCAUUUACAAUGCCAAGCGAACACGCCCUUUACUCGAUCGCCGUACAUUAUACCGAUAACGCAUGCGCGCUUAUGGAAUCCCGAAGGGUUUACCAUAUCGCUCUGGCUAAAUGUGAAAGGAAGCCAAAAUGCGAAGAGCUCGUGUCAAACAGUGGACGAUGACACGCGUAGUUCAAGUGAUGUUUACAUGAGGACUCACAUUUUAUCAAUGGGAACUAAUCAGGUGAUGUUAAGUAUUUAUCUAAAUAAUAGCAUGCAUUUGGUAUUUGAAACGAGUAAACCGAAUGCCGAAUUGAUAAUGGCAAAUAAAACGCAAACGGAAGAAUCUCCCCAAGAAUCCAAUUAUCAAAAAGUGAGCUCGGGCACACUGAACGGUGGUGAUAACAGCGCCAGCUCUAUAAAAAGCAUUAAUAAAAAUCAAACGGCGAAUGUCAAUACGUUCAUUAUUGCUUCGCCAACUUCCAGUUCCCCUUUAACUAAGGCCUUCAAGCAAACUAAAUUGGUUCUCCUAAACAGCUUUAGCAAUAUGCAUUUGUUCAAUGGCCACUCCGAGAGUGAAACCUUUUUCGAAAGUAGUCAUUUCGAUCUAAAACAUUAUCGCGUUAGCAAAAAUAAAUGGAUUCAUUUGACAGUUGCCGUGCAAAUGCAUAACGACUCUUUGGACUUGAUUGUUUACGUUGACGGCCUGGAGCAUCAUUUAAUUACUUUACCCUUCCGCAAUUUACGUUUACUCACGCGAAAUCAUACCUUUCAAAUUGUAUCUUUGGGUGAUGGCUGCGUGAAUAAAACUAACAACAACACCGCCAACUCAAGCGAAUCCCACUCUACAUUGGAGUUGAACAAUCCCAUGCGCUUCAGUAUAUCGAACCUAAUGUUGUUUAAACGUUGCAUUUCCACCAAGGAAGCCAUAAUAAACUUAACAGCAAUGGGUCCUGACUUUACAGAGCUGACGCAAUGUCAUGUCGCCAACUUGAAACCGAACUAUGGUUAUUUAAAUUUAAGUAAAAUGCAAAAGCCUAACUAUGGCAAUUUUAUGGAGGCAAUGAAAAUUCUAAGAGAGAAUCGCAUUUUGCAUUAUACGGCACAGCAACCGGACAUUAUAAUGGGUUACGACAGCAAUAUGGAACUGGAUAAUACAACGUACGGUCGUCCUUACGGCUUAUUACUGUAUGGAGAAAUCUUACAAAAUCAUUUACCUUCAUUACAAACAGCUGUAAUUUUAUGUGGAGGUUUAUCUAAUCUCCUGUAUAUGUUUGCUCGUGUGGUUGAGAAAGCCUCGAAUUCUUCGACACAAGCAAUGGCCUUAGAUCUAUUGCUCAAUGUCGCCUUCUCGGAAUCUCAACUUUACACGGAAUUUCAACGCAAUGACUACAUCAGUCUUAUUGGAUAUGUUAUUAAAACAGAACGUUGCUCUAAAGAUUGCCAGCUAUUGAAGGGUAUCAUCAAUAAUGCCUGUUCUCAGCCAUUAAUCAGCAAAAAGGGCGAUCAUCUUAUUGUUAAUGAGACAACUAUAGCGACGGUAGUCUACCCACGACUUUUGGUUGCUCAAUUGCAUCGCUAUUCUGAUUGGCAUCGCUCGGGUUCAGAAAAUUCAGACGUUCUGGACAUGCUAUUAAUAGCAAUAUUGGCUUUGACACGUGAAAAGCAUCCACAACGUGAUUUUAAUAUCGAACAAUUUCAGAUCGCUGGCUUAAUGAAGGAAUUAUUGAAUCUUUGCAAGGUGUACGUUAUAGAGUCACCGAAUCCUGUGUUUAUAUCGAAAAGAGCGGCCGACUCAUUUGUCAGCAUUAUAUCAGUAUUUGCCGGCUCGCCACCACCUCCCUCUUUACUCGAUGAAAUAAUGAAGCUGUUAUUGUUGUUGCACAAACCGAGUGAAUGUUACAUAACGCAUGAUCGCUCCAAAUUUUAUUUUCUGCUGACGGGAGAAGUGCCCACCAAAGAGAAAUCUUCCUUAGUUCAAGCGACGCAUUUCGGUAGAGUAGCGGCUCCUUUUAAACGCGGCGUAGUUAAACGAUCACAUCCGGGUGUAGCAAAGUUGAGCGUUGAUACCACGACUACAACUCAUGUUACUCAUGCUUCCAAUACACCACCUAUGGAUAAGGCGCGAAGAGCUCGCCUAGAGCGUUUGCGUAAAUUACAUAAAAGCAACUCUUCUUAUAAGAAAGCUUUGCAUGAUUUCGAAGAGAAUUUGGAGAAUGUGGCUGACUGUUCAAAGCUCAAUAAAAACGCUUUGCAAUUACUCAGUCCCGAAGAGGUGGCGAAAUGGCGGGAGAAAUUUAAACGUUGUACUAGUAUGACUCUGAUCGCAAGUCCUAUGAAGGAAAGGGGUGGAAGAGGAUCUAAAACUUUUCGCAUGUCAUCAUCGUCUACGUCAUUUUUAAAGCAUUCGCCGCUAUCGCAAAGGAUACAACGCAAACGCUUACGCCUAAGCUCGGGAAGUUCCGCUCGCUCUUUAAUUUCGGCAGGAAAAGAAAAGUAUUUUCGAACAAAUUCUCGUAAAUCAGAAAGCAGCUUAUACUCAUUGACAACCACCACAAACACCUCGAAUUUAGACUAUAGUGAGAAUAUAAUGACAGCUUAUAGCGACGGCAGUUCAUGCUCCAAAACUAGUUCGCAGCCACGUCGAGUGCGACUUCUAACAAAAACUGAUUCUUAUAAUUCGACGGGUAUAGCGGCGUUGCAAAGUGGUCUGUUGCUGUUAUUAAAAGAUUUUCUCUGCUUACUGCCUGAUAAUUCUAUAGAUGAUGUCUUGCAUCAUUACAUCAAAGUGGAAUUCUUGCUCGUUUUGGCGAAUCAUAGCAGCACCUCUGUACGGAGUGCCAUCUUAAAGCUGAUGGGCGCUUUAGUUCAGCGUUUACCUUCACAAGAUCUGCAAUUAUGUUUCAAAAAUUUAUAUUGCCAUCAUUUAGCUAACCAAUUAACCAUAUAUCCUAUCGAUAUGGGCAAUUUUGAAACUUGUUUAGAAUGGGUUACCGGUCAACUUUGCAAUUUGCAAUCGUUUCUAAUCUGUGAUACACGGCUGCAUAUAGAGCAGCGAUUCGCCUUAAAUGCGUUAUUAGCCAUAACUUCAAAAGCUACAAUGGCGAUUAACAGCUCUGCUGAUUUUAAUGACAAGUGCUUUAUAAUACUGCGAAAUCUUUACGCAAUGAACGUUGAAGAACAAAGCAAUAUGGUUGAAGCUGGCCUAAUACAGUGUGCUGUCAAGGCUCUACAUUAUUUGUAUGCUAAGAAUAAUACAAAUAAUCAAAAGACUGAAGAUUCAAUAGCGAAUUUAUUAACAACUAUUGGAGAAUUCUCAUUGAAGUCGGCGGGGCAUAUAAAUAUCUUAUGGGAUAUUAUAAAUAUGCUAGCAUUCUAUCAAGAAAAGCAAAUCGUAUCCGUAAUGAAUGGUUUCCGCGCAAUCCAAGCCAAACUUCAACUCAAUUGGAUCCAUAUGUUCUUUGCUAAAACGGACGUAUCUUGGAAUUAUAAAGUUAUUCAAUUAACAAAUUGCUCUCUGUCCACAUCAGAGACGAAAACUCGUUUUGAGUUACUUAUAAAUCGGAGCGCUCAGUUCUUCACGGUAUCAAAUGAAAGAUCUUCUCCCAGUCCCCAUGAAAUUGAACUAUUUGAAUUAUUAGUAUCGUACAGUAUUGCCACCAAUCAACGUUGCAAUAAUUUUAUCGCGUGGGGUUUGCAACCGUCACAACCAAGAGAUCUUCGUUGUUUCAUAAUCGACGCAUUAUGGAUUUCUUGUCAAGAUGACUUUUUACCGACCAUAAUAUGUGACGGUAAAAUGAUCAAGGCUUUGCUAUGGCUAAGCCUGUUAGAAGAUUUAGAGACACCAAUUCAGAAUUUGGCACCACUGUGCCGGCGAUUAGGCAUCAAUGAGAACGAUUCAACAUGGAAUUUAGAAAACGAAAUACAACGCUUGGAAUUGCAAAACUGUGCGGACACAGCUAAGCAGAAAGCAGCUUUGGAAAAAACUGUCUUCAAAUUUGAAAACUUGGCGCAAAAUUGUAUUGAAUCUUCAAUGCUUACCACCAGAAGGGUAGCGGAACUACAAAAUUCCGAACGUAAACUCCUAAUGAAUUACAUGAAAGACUAUGAUGACACUCAUACAUAUACUAAAUGGUUAGACAUAGUGCGCAGAAUGACACACGAGGGAGCACCCUGGUAUAAUUCCUACAGUGCGGAGAACUCUUGGGAAUUGGAUGACACUGAAGGUCCGUCCCGGGUUCACACGCGUUUACGGCGCUGCCAUUUAGAUUUGGAUAAACGCUUCUUCAUGAGCAGUUAUCAUGAGCCGAAUAGUACGGACAGUUCAACGACACCUUCCCAUUAUACCCGACCUUUGGACUAUCUCAUAGCCAGUUACGAUCAACAAUUAAACAUAUCAUUAAAUUCUCAAAUCCUAUACAAUUUUCCCGCCAAAUAUUUACCGGUCGAUGGUGAAAUUGAUGGAGAGAUUAUCGUAACCGAUCAUAAGUUAUACUUUUUGGCUACAUAUCGUUGUAAAUAUUUUUAUGUAAACUGUGAUAUAGCCAAUAUAACGGAAAUCUGGUUGAAACGCCAUCAGCAUCAGGAAAAGGCAUUCGAAAUUUUCUUAGACACCAAUCAGUCCCUAUUUUUCUCAUUGCAAAAUUGUGAAGAUUGGAAAAUAAUGCGUGAUGUUUUCUGUGAUAAAAUUGUCGUUCCGCCCGAUCAAAGUAAACUAUUGCUUAUAACUCAGCAGUGGCGUGAAGGCCUCUUGACCAAUUGGGAAUAUUUGAUGUCUCUUAAUCAAAUCUCCGGACGUACUUACAAUGAUCUCAUGCAAUAUCCGAUAUUUCCUUGGAUACUCUCCAAUUAUACCGGUGAUGUUUUAAAUUUAAAUGAUGCCACGAAUUUUCGUAAACUACCGAAACCCAUCGCUGUGCAAAAUGAGGAAAAUGAACAACAUUACAUCAACAAUUAUACGUAUAUUAAAAACACGAUGACCAAUAUGGGCUCGAUCAUAUUAAAGCCUUACCAUUACAGUUCACAUUACUCGAAUUCUGGAACGGUAUUACAUUUUUUGGUACGUGUUCCACCGUUUACUAGUUACUUUCUACGUUACCAAGAUAACAAUUUCGAUAUACCUGAUCGCACUUUUCAUGCGCUGAGCACCACGUGGUCUUUGGCUAGCCGGGAUAGCCCUACUGAUGUUAAAGAAUUAAUACCUGAGUUCUUUUGUUUACCCGAAAUGUUUGAAAACUUUGAACGCUUCGAUUUCGGCUGUCGUCAAAAUGGUGAACGCGUUGAGAACGUCUCCCUACCACCUUGGAGCUUGAAGGACUCUCGUUUGUUUGUUUUAAUUCAUCGCCAAGCCUUAGAGUCGGAGUUGGUGCGCAACAAUUUGCAUCAUUGGAUCGAUUUAAUCUUCGGAUAUAAACAGACUGGAGAAGCUGCUAUUGAAGCCAUUAACGUUUUUCAUCCGGCUACAUAUGCUGUGUUCUUGGAAUCUGAGAUAAACGAUCCCAUAGAACGUGAAGCCGUAGAAACUAUGGUGAAGACCUACGGCCAAAUGCCGCGACAACUAUUUAAAACAUCUCACCCGCCUUCGAAAUCUUUAACCUAUCAAUUUACCGUUGAUAAGCCGAUUCUAUCAAGUGUCCGCGGCUUGCGUUGGGGAGUUUAUGUGGGCUCACCUCAACUCUCGAAACCAUUUCUUGGCAAUAUACAUAAACUACCAGGCGCCGAGUACUUGUUAUCAUUUAAUAAUACUAACGUAGUAUAUGGCCUACCUUCGCGUUCUUGCGUUAUGCAAGGUGCCGAAAGUGAUACUUUCAACGUCAUUUCUUGGGGUUAUGAUGAUCGCAUUGUUCGCAUACAACCUUUGAAUAAAAUUUUUUCCAAACCUAAAAAUCUCUUAUAUAAUAGUGCUUUUGAUGAUAUUACGGCUUGCGGUUGUGAUUGUAACUCGAAUCAAUUAUGGUUCGGCCAUAAAUCCGGACGUUUAAGUAUCUACAAGUGCACCAGCGUUGAAGCCAAUGCGAAAUUGGGUAAAAGUCGUCAAAGUUAUGUUCGUGGCCUGAGACUAUCGUAUAAUUCAGCGUUUCGUAAAAUAACGAGCAAAUCCAACGAAAUGGAGGGAAGCGAAAUAAAUAGUGCCAAUAUGAUGAUAUCAGCGGCGACAAUGUCACCUCAUGAUUCACCUUUGCAAAAGGAUGGAGCUGACUUGCAAUGGUCUGGGCCAACAGUAUUAGUGCGGCACACUGACGAGAUCACCUGCAUAGCUCUUUCGGUCGAGUUUAAAAUCGUAGUAACAGCGGGUAAAGACGGCAUAGCAGUAAUCUGGGAUUUAAAUAAUUUGAGUUAUGUACGAACUAUAGAACGUCCUGCGGAGAUUCAUCACUCCCCCAUAACACUGCUGUGCACAAGUCCUACCUUGGGUGAUAUAGUUACCGUUCAUACCCUGACAUCAUUAAACUCGCCUACCAUUCCAAAAAGCGCAACAAUGGACAAUUGUCCGGAACGCGUCAAUUCGCCUUCAUUAGCUGACGAAUGUUUUGAAGUGACCGAAGAAAAUCUUGAUGAUUUCGUUAAUGUUUCAGUCAAUCCGAAUGGUAAAUCGAUUUUGCGUUUACACUCAGCCAAUGCGCGGUACGUGCAGCAUAUUGUGCAUGAGGAUCUAAUAUUGGCCGCGUGUUAUUCAUUCGUCAAGGAAGGCGUUGGCGUGAAUGUCAUUGCCACUGCCAUCGAGGGUGGCAUCAUACGCUUAUGGUCUAGUUGGAAUUUGAAUUUUAUUACCGAAAUUAUAACAGGCAUGGCGAAUAUAAGUAGCAUCAUCUAUUCAACACAUCAACAUCUGGUGGUCUUGACAAAAGAAUCCCAUAUACAAGUUUGGGAAACGGAUGGAUUAUGUGGGAAUUCACCGAAAUUUCCGCAAAUUGCUUACAAAUAAAAAUGUUCAUAUACAACCUCGUCAACUAUUCAUUCACGCCCACAAUAAAUCCAGGAAUUAAUUAUAAAACUUUCAGCUAUUUGUACGUUUAAAAAAAUGAAUAUUUUUUGAUA